AUGGACGCGACGGAGGACCAUACUAACGGAGCCGUGCUGAUUGUACACCAGAUCCACGAGGGAAAGCAUCAAUACGAUGUGGCAAAUGUGGUGAAAUUCAAAAAAGGCGGUGGGAAAAAAAAGUUUUCCAGAGGUGACAAGCUGAUGGAGAUAAAUGGUGUCGACUUACAGGUUGUCACGCCUGAAGAGUUGGCCAAAAUGAUUUCUGAGGGGAAUCCAAUGCUGACAGUUCACAAACCCGGCAAGAAGGAAGAGGCCCAGUGGUCUCCACCUGAUGGGGACAUUUUAGAGCCGGACUCCAAAGAGUCAGCAGUCAUGAGCUGGUCCUGGGUGAUGUCGAGGGAGGAGGAAUGUGAAGUCGGGCCAGAGGGAGAGGAAGAGGCCGCCGCGCCUGGUCUGGACGAGGAUGUUUGCCCGGGCGAAAGCGAGGAGAGUGGCGAUGGGGGGGACCUGCUUAUCGUUCAGAUGACGAAGACCGUCAUCUCGGUGGUGAGUGGCCGGGGCUGCGACGCCGGUAGCCCCUGCCAGGGAUGCCACGGCACGGGAUGCACCUUCAGUGAUGUUGUGGUGGUGUCAGAGUCCAGCAUACUGACUGUGGUUCCUAGUGGAAGUACCAGUUUCAGACAGGAAAAGCUGUCAGAAGUCCUCAUUGAACACGUACCUUCUCACCGCUACCUAAGAGGAAUCUGUUCGCAAAAGACUCCCUAUUCGUCACCCAAUCCAGAGAAAAUCACCAUAUACUACUACAAGUCGAACAGGGUGGAGCCAUCUUUCAGAGGAAUGCCAGUGGUUCUAAACCUCACUGACUCAAACUGCUUCCUCAAGUGCUGCCAGGACGGGGACAAGGUACUCUUACAGGUGGAGACGUGUGAAAAGAAGAGGCUGAGGCAGAUCUCCAGGAGUGAUGACAACACCCUGGCCUUUGUCUUCUACAUGAAGGCUGACCGGACAAAGCAGCGUAGGUUUGAAUCUGCCCUCCACAAAGGCUGGUUCAUCUGUAUGGUCAGCACAGACUCAGUGGAAAUGGAAAAGCUGGAUGGAGGGAGAGAAGACCCAUCGUUCCUCUUCGUCAUUAAGAAAUGA